AAACAAAUGACGAAGUGUGGACGUUGUUCAGUGUUAGCUGAUAAAGAAAACUGAAGUUCCAUUUUAUUAGCGAACUGGUGUAUAUGAAACAAAAACAUGCACCACGUGAAGGCAGACAUGCACGUCCGAUCGAUAAACAGCGAGCGCAUGCGUUCUGUGAAGUCUGCGGCAGCUCGAGACAUUAACAUUCCUUCGGUCGUGAAGAUUACAUAACUAUUACAGAUUAAGAUGUCUGAUUUGUUUGUUGCCUUACCUCCCGCCACCAAGAAUGCGGUCAUUUUCGGUAAAAACGCCAACCUGCCGCCAGAUCAUGUACAACAAGUCAUCUACUGCGCAGCUGCCGACCAUACACCCGGAAGUAAAGUCAAGACAACCAACGUAGAGAUAGACCAGGCUCCACACACCCAUGCCGUCAUUCUAAGUCAGUCGGGCGGAUCUUGGGGCGCGGAGAUGGGCGCAAAUGACCAGGGAGUCUGCGCAGGCUACACAACCGUCUGUACAAAAGUUUCAGCCACAGGAAACAAUGCGCCAACCCCGGCCGACCUUACCAGACUGAUUUUAGAGAGAUCAGAAUCGGCAAAGAACGGUGUAGAGAUCACGACGUCAUUGAUUGACCAGUAUGGCCAGGGAGGAAAAUUUGAAACAGACGUGUCAGUGAAUCACUGUGGGUCUUUCCUGAUCGCAGAUAAAUUUGAGGCGUGGGUAGUGGAAUGUGCAGGAAUGUUCUGGGUCGCAAAACAAAUAAAAGAUGGUACCUACAAUAUCUCAAGUUGUCUGUCCAUAUCGACGGAUUACGACAUGGCGUCAUCAGAUCUACAAGAUAACAGUGUGACGUCAGGACAUUGGUCAGCUGACAAGGGACCCGUAAAUUUCAUGGUGGCUUUUGGGGUCGAAUUUCCGUCAAGUCUUAGUGCUCCAGAUCCCAUUGUAAGACGCAGGACCGGGUGUGAUCUUCUGAAUAACAGCGCUGAUCAAGAUUCGUUUUCUGUCAUGAACAUGUUUGAGAUUCUGAGAAAUAAAGGAAUCAACAUGAAUAGUCAGUUGAUCACAACCGGAAGUCAAGUGUCGGUAUUGUCGUCUGUCGGACUUCCGGACUGCCAUUGGAUGACAGGCACACCAGACCCACGUUUAUCCGUCUUCAAACCUUUCAUAUUUUCUGAUAAUGCUGACAUAGGUGAUAUUACAUACUCUCUUUCCAGUGACAACAAACGCCAUGUUCUGUUCAAAUAUCACGAAAAAGCACGAGAUUUGAUGUCGGGCGGAUCUCAGAGUGGCGCAGCGUUACUUCAGUUGAUGAGGAACUUGGAGGGGACAUGCGUCUCAGAAAUGGAAGAAUUUUGUCAGAAAUUUUCUCCAGAAAAUAUGUCAGAUGUAGAAGAACUCUUUAAGGAUAUCUGUGAAUCAGAGGUCAAAUUUUACCUCUGACCUUUGGCCUUUAUAGAAAUGGAAUAACAGUGUGUACGUCUCAAUUCGCGCUGUGUCCAUUGGCUAUUUAAUUUUAUGAAUUUGAAAUGAAGUUCUCAGAAUAAGCCAGUGUAAAACUUUCGUCGUGAGCUUGAAAACAAUGCUUGAUUUUACGUUUAUCAACAUGAAUUGUGUUCGUUGGCUUCGAUCAUGUAAUUAUUUGUUUUAAACGAUUAAAACAAAAACGUACUUAGAGUGCUUCGAUGAGAUAUUGAUGUUUACGUGUUUACAGGAAAUCAGGAACACGAUGAAGGUGAAUUACGAACUUGAAUUAGAAAAGCAAUGCCUUAAAACUGCUAUCUUCUAGCUCAGUGGAAAAUAUAUCAAGUUUUUAAUGGAAUUAAUCAACUAUCAAGUAAAAGCCACUAACAUAGCAAAGUUUACCAUUACUGUAUCAAAAUACACAUGUAACUAAUUGUGGAGAUUGCUGUGUGUUUAUAUGAAGCUUUGGAAUAAAGAGCUUUGUUAACUGUUA